GUCUCCGGUGACCGGUUUAAAGUGUCUCUGAACUCUGUCUUCAGGUCUAGUCUUUCUGUUGGGGUGCACGCGGAUUGACCACUCUUUUUGGGGCUUAUUUUCCGUGGAUAUUUGGGGGAAGGCUAAUCCGCAACCAUGACUGACGCGCAACAAGAGGCUCGCUCCUACCUGAGCGAGGAGAUGCUGAACGAGUUCAAGGCUGCCUUCGACAUGUUCGACACGGACGGUGGCGGUGACAUCAGCACCAAGGAGCUGGGUCAGGUGAUGAGGAUGCUGGGCCAGAACCCCACAAGAGAGGAGCUGGACGAAAUCAUCGAGGAGGUCGAUGAGGACGGUAGCGGCAGCAUCGACUUCGAGGAGUUCUUGGUCAUGAUGGUGAGACUCCUAAAGGAAGACGAGGCUGGCAAGAGCGAGGACGAGUUGGCGGAAUGUUUCCGUGUGUUCGACAAGAACGCCGACGGUUACAUCGACAGAGAAGAGUUCGCCAUCAUUAUCCGCAGCACAGGCGAGCAGAUUUCAGAGGAGGAGAUCGACGAGCUGCUGAAGGAUGGUGACAAGAACUCUGACGGCAUGCUGGACUUUGACGAAUUCCUCAAGAUGAUGGAGAAUGUGCAGUAAAACAGAGACUCGUGGACAUUCCUCCCUCCCCUCUGACUAGCCUAUCUGAUCUCAAAAUGACCCACGAAAACGUCCCCAUCCUCCGCUUCAUACAGCCAACCUGUGCCUCUCCACCCUCCAUCCAUGACUAGACGUCCCCCCUAGACGCUCCUAGCGUGGGUUUCUUGGGCACGUCACCCAGGUGUUUGUGUAAGUGCCGGCCAUGGAGGCCACAACUGCUGCUCUUUCACCCCCGAAUCAGAAGAGCUCGCGCGGGGGGGAGGGGGGUGAAAUUCUGCGCGCACCUUCACAAGCCUGGCACAGCGCGUAGACCGUCACCAACUGUCAGUCACCCGUUCACUGUACAAACAAAACCGUUGCUUUAAGAAAGAUAAUAAAUGAAUAAACACAUGCCCACGUGUAGUUCGUCUGACAUAUUCAUGGUCUCUGUACGCGCUUGUCUAGCGGAACAUCAAUAAAAUAUUUCUUUUCUUUU